AUUAUUGCGCGUGGAACGGCUGCCUUGGGGAGACUAUUGCCCAGAAGAAAAGAUGUUUGGUUUUCACAAGCCAAAGAUGUACCGAAGUAUAGAGGGCUGCUGUAUUUGCAGAGCGAAGUCCUCCAGUUCUCGAUUCACUGACAGUAAACGCUAUGAAAAGGACUUCCAGAGCUGUUUUGAGUUGCAUGAAACUCGUUCAGGAGACCUCUGUAAUGCCUGUGUCCUGCUUGUGAAAAGAUGGAAGAAGUUGCCAGCAGGAUUAAAAAAAAACUGGAAUCAUGUGGUAGAUGCAAGGGCAGGACCCAGUCUGAAGACUACUUUGAAACCAAAGAAAGCGAAAACUCUAUCUGGAAACAGGAUAAAAAGCAACCAGAUCAGUAAACUACAGAAGGAAUUUAAACAUCACAAUUCUGACGCUCAUAGUACCACCUCAAGUGCCUCCCCAGCUCAAUCUCCUUGUUAUAGUAACCAGUCAGAUGAUGGCUCAGACACAGAGAUGGCCUCUGGCUCUAACAGAACACCGGUUUUUUCCUUUUUAGAUCUCACAUACUGGAAAAGACAGAAAAUAUGUUGUGGAAUUAUCUAUAAAGGCCGUUUUGAGGAAGUCCUCAUUGACACACAUCUAUUCAAGCCUUGCUGCAGCAACAAGAAAGCAGCUGCUGAGAAGCUGGAGGAGCAGGGGCCAGAGCCUCUGCCCAUCUCCACUCAGGAGUGGUGACUGAGGUUUAGGUAGAAGGGGAACAAAAAUGAUUUAAAUUUUGGAAAGAAAACAAAGCAACAAAACCCUCCUAUUUUUAACUUGGAUACAUGCUAUUCUGCCAAAAGACAAUUUCUAGAAUAGUU